CUGGACCUCCGCCUCGGCCUCGGCCGGCCAAAACCCUCGCCAAAAUCCCCCAACUCCACCACCACUUGUCUCGCUUUCGCUUUAUCACUUGUCGACACCAACAGUCGCCCCUUCCCCGAGCCCGGGCGCCUCUUCACCGCCGCCGCCCCGUCGUCGCCGGUCGGGACGCUCCGGGCGGCCGCGCGCCCCCACAGAGGAAUGUCCCCCGCGGCCCCCGCCCUCCUCCACCACCGCGAUGUACAGAUAGGCCACAUAAAUGGUGCAUACUCUUUAAGUGUCUUAUCAUGUUUCCAUGAUCAAGCUAUGACUUGUGACUUUCGCUCUAGACAAAAAGGGGUCUCAGGCAGAGCAACCUUACCUGUGCAUCAUGGAGAAAGCAGAGUCCCUCCAGGAGCUUGUUUCAUGGGCACAUCGCCUAUGUUGGGGCCAAUGAGGGUAUCCUUGGUAUGUGGUGCAAGCCCCAACCACCAUAGGCCAAGGAAUUCGGAUACAUCGCGACAACAAAAAGGGGGGUCCUCCAGAGGGAAAGGCAAGUCAUACCAGGAUAAAGAUGAUUCUGAGAACAUUGAUGAAUUUGAUAGCGAUAUCAUGUUCUCCAAGAACGGACCACCAAUAUCUUUGGCAAGCAAUUCCCGUCCUCAAGCCACAUCAGCUCCUGGGGAAAGAGAGAAGGAGAUCGUGGAGCUCUUUAAAAGGGUUCAAGCACAGCUGCGAGCUAGAGGGAAAGGCAGGGAAGACAAGAAGCCUGAACCUGCAAAAGUGCAGGGUGAAAGGGGCAGUGUUGAUUCACUUCUUAAGCUGCUUAGGAAACACUCUGUGGACCAGAGAAGGAAGAGCAGUGACGACAAAGAACAGAAUUUUGAUGUAAUGAGGAGAAACAACGAUUCUGGAAAUAGACAAAGUUCAACCAUCUUUGGCACAAAAAGUGACAUCCAGGAAGAGCAGAGGAAGCCACCUCCGGCACCCUUCAAAAGGCCAGCUUCAAAUUUCAGGCGAAGGUCUCCUGUUCCUGGAGUGAAGUUCCAGCCUGCUAUCAAUACGGACGUAGACAGAGAUGCCGAUCGCAAGUCCAUCGGCAGUAAUGUCGCCGAUGCUGUACAGAAAGCUAAGACAGUUCUUGAUGAGAGGACUGUUACAGAUGAGCCUGACUCCAUGUCUCCGUAUGAACCUGAUUCUGUAAUAGAACCAGAAAAUAUUUCUUUGGAAGACCUUGAUGACAUUUUAGAUGACGAUGAAGAAUCUGAUACAGAUGAACCAGACGAUGAGUAUCCAGAACCUUCUUUGGAAAUCACUGAUGUUACAGAUACAGAUGAAUUGCACGAGAACAACUCCACGGAAAGUUCAGAUCUAACCUCUCUGAAGGUUGCAGAGCUGAGAGAGCUUGCAAAGUCCCGAGGAAUCAAAGGCUAUUCAAAGAUGAAGAAAAACGAGCUGAUUGAAGUGGUGAGCAGCAGCAUGGCUUGAUGAUAAGCGGGUGAUAUUGUCAACCUUUCAGUCCCACUUUGCUGAUUGAAGUGGUGAGCAGCAGCAUGGCUAUUCCAUUUGAACCCACUUUGCUUGGCCUGAUCCGCUGCCUUUCAGUCCCGUAGAAAAUUGUAAAUGAGCGAGGCUAACAUUGUUCUGGUCUGUGCUGAUCUUUUGCUGGUUCUCAUUUUGUACGCUAGUUUGCUAGACAUUUAGCUGAAUUGUGUGCCGAGUGGAGUAAGGUAGCUGAGAGCCUGAGAUGCUGUUUGUGUACUAAAUGAAUGCACCACAUCUGUUCUAGGUGUUGUUCAUCUUUUCUACAGAGUUGACCUAUGGGCUAUGGCUA